GGCCACCAUCUUAUUAUUAUCAUUAAUUAUUUUAUAAAUAAACAAUUAUUCAUCCCCUAAUCCGUCCUUUACAUCAAACGCGCUCAACGACAAGCCAAAACGGACUACCUAACGAUCAUUACGAUAUACACUUAUUUCUCUUUGUUGAAAAGUUUUCCACCUUUCCAAUUCAUUUUCCCUCACUUUCUCUCAUUCCAAACACAGCUGACAUCCCCUUUUUUCCUCUGACACUUUUCUGCAGCUCUCUAAUCGUACUUCUUUUGUCCUUGUUUUCAAGAUUUGUCCCUUUUCUCUCGAAAGCUCUUUAACCUUUCGAUUCUUUUUCAGAGAUCAUGCUUCAAAGCUUAGUUCCUCAAUCGCCAAUCAAUUCCAGUUCUAAACCUAAUAAUUCUACCUCCUCCAUGAAGACAAAGCGCGUUGACAAAGAACUUGCGGGCGGGGACUCCUCAGUCGGUGCCGACGACCCUUCUGCCAAACGCCCUAACUUCUCCAGCGAGGCCACUGUCUCCGGCGACAAGACUACUGGUGAUGAAGAUUCCACGGAAUCCACUGGUCUCAGACUCCUCGGGCUAUUGUUACAAUGCGCCGAGUGCGUGGCCAUGGACAACCUCGACGACGCCACCGAUCUCCUUCCUGAGAUCUCGGAGCUCUCUUCUCCCUUUGGCUCGUCUCCUGAGCGCGUGGGUGCCUACUUUGCUCACGCCCUCCAUGCGCGUGUGGUAAGUUCCUGCUUGGGUACCUACUCACCUCUGAGCUCCAAAUCUCUAACCUUAACUCAGUCCCAAAAAAUCUUCAACGCCUUUCAGUCCUACAAUUCAAUCAGUCCGUUAAUCAAGUUCUCUCACUUCACCGCCAACCAAGCAAUUUUCCAAGCAUUAGACGGUGAGGAUCGUGUCCACGUCAUCGAUCUGGAUAUUAUGCAAGGCCUUCAAUGGCCAGGAUUGUUCCACAUACUUGCUUCAAGAACGAAGAAGAUCAGAUCCAUGCGAAUAACCGGGUUCGGGUCGUCCUCGGAGCUGCUCGAGUCAACAGGGAGGAGACUCGCCGAUUUCGCGAGCUCACUAGGCUUGCCCUUCGAAUUCCAUCCUGUGGAGGGUAAAAUUGGAAAUUUAACCGACGUUAGUCAACUCGGGGUUAGACCAAGGGAAGCAGUUGUGGUUCACUGGAUGCAUCACUGCCUUUACGAUAUAACUGGGAGCGAUUUAGGGACGUUGAGAUUGUUGACUUUGUUGAGGCCCAAAUUGAUAACGACCGUUGAACAAGACCUGAGCCAUGGUGGUAGUUUUUUAGGGAGGUUCGUGGAGGCCUUGCAUUAUUAUAGCGCUCUAUUUGAUGCGCUAGGGGAUGGAUUAGGUGGAGACAGUGUAGAGAGACAUACAGUGGAGCAGCAGUUGUUUGGUUACGAGAUUAGGAACAUUGUGGCCGUGGGUGGGCCCAAGAGGACAGGUGAGGUGAAGGUGGAGAGGUGGGGGGAUGAGUUGAGGCGGGUCGGGUUUCAACCCGUUUCACUUGGCGGCAACCCGGCCGCUCAAGCUAGCCUUUUGCUUGGGAUGUUCCCUUGGAAAGGAUAUACUUUGGUAGAGGAGGAGAAUGGGUGCUUGAAGUUAGGAUGGAAAGAUUUGUGUCUGUUGACCGCCUCUGCUUGGCGGCCGUUGGAUUAAAUUACUUCCGAUCAAAUGGAUUGCAAACUAUGUUGAUUGAUAUAAACAAUUGGAUCGAUCAUGGGUGCGAUUGCAGGAGUCCAUCGACAGUAGCUUUGAAUUAUAAUUUGGUAUUUAAAUGUUGAUACUUUUUUGAAGUGAAGAGAAUUUCUCACUUGUAAUAAUUUAUGAACAAAAGGAUGGUAGAAAAGCAUUGCUCCAA